AUGAACAGGGACUCGCAAGACCAGCCCAAAGUUGGCGCUUCAGAUUCAAACCCAGAACCAAUUGCGAUUUGUGGUCUCGGUCUUCGUCUUCCUGGCGGAAUACGCUCUGGCGAAGCCUUCUGGGAUGUUAUUUAUCACGGCAAGGACCUCCGCGGCCCAAUCCCGGCGGAUCGCUUCAAUGUAGAAAGUUUUGGCAACUCACUCGGCAAUAAGGCGGUGAUUAAGACACGUUAUGGAUAUUUCCUUGACGAAGAGCUCGGUGUAUUCGAUCCCUCAUUCACCAGCAUAAGUAGGGAGGAAUUAGCAAAGACUGAUCCACAACAAAGAAAAGUACUCGAAGUCUUUCGAGAAUGUCUUGAGAAUGCGGGAGAAACGAAUUGGCGAUCGCGCCCUAUUGGUGUGUACGUCGGUACGUUUGGAGACGAUUGGCUUCUGAAUGUCUCUCGAGAAUCUCAAAUUAAGGGGGGAUAUAACCUCUGUUGCGACCUCAUGAUUGCAAACAGAAUCUCAUAUGAAUUUGACUUACAGGGGCCAAGUCAAGUUAUCAAAACAGGAUGCAGUGCAAGCCUUAUCGCCCUUCACGAGGCAUGCCGAGCUCUCCAAAAUCGUGAUUGUAGUGCAGCUCUCGUCUGCGGUACUUCGCUCAUCAUGGGACCGUAUGUUUUCUCAGUCAUGAGCAGCGAGGGAAUCCUCUCUCCGGAGGGAUCGUGCAAGACUUUUGAUGCUAGUGCGGACGGGUUUGCCCGGGCCGACGCCAUCAACGCCGUGUUUCUCAAGCGCCUCCCUGAUGCUAUCAGAGAUGGCAAUCCGAUACGUGCUAUCAUCCGCAAUACUGGGAACAACAGUAAUGGUAAAUCUCAGGGACUGUUCUCGCCAAAAGCAUCCGCACAAGAGGCGUUGAUACGCCAUUGUCAUGGCACUGGAACACCGACGGGAGAUCAAAUAGAGACCUCUGCAAUAGGAAACGUCUUCGGUGAAAGAGGUAUACUUAUAGGCUCCGUAAAGCCAAAUGUUGGCCAUUCGGAGGGAGCGAGUGGACUCACUAGCUUGAUCAAAGCUAUUACAUCUUUGGAACACCAGACCAUUCCCCCAAACAUCAAGUUCUCGACACCGAACCCAAAAAUUCCAUUCACGGAGAAAAGCCUGGUGGUGCCCAUCAAACCGAUGCCGUGGCCAAAAGACCGAGCAGUAAGGAUAUCUAUCAAUUCGUUUGGUAUAGGGGGUAGCAACGCACAUGUCAUUGUCGAAAGUCCAGCUCAGUACUUUAUGGAUAACCCACAGAUCAACCUUCCGCACCAAUUGGUAUCUACACCAAGUCUUUCAACGUUACCUCGGUUGCUGGUCUUUUCCGGAAAUACAGCCGAAUCUGUUAAUACCAUCGCAAAACAAAGCAUUGCCUACAGCCGGCAGUACCCCGAAAGACUGAACGACUUGGCAUAUACACUCGCGAGCAAGCGUGAAAAGCUUAGCCGUCGGUCGUAUGCUCUGGUAUGGCCCCGGGGAGAGGGGAAUGUCGAAUUAGCACCUGUUGUCAAAACGCUUAUUCGUAAGCUUCCACUCGUUAUAUGCUUCAGUGGUCAAGGAAGCCAGUGGCCUGAGAUGGGUCGGGAAUUGCUCAAGAGCCACUCCAUCUUUUCCGAGACUAUAAAUGAAUUAGAUUACGCUUUGAAAUCCUUAAAGGCGCCUCCUGACUGGUCGCUAAGAGAUGAGCUCCUGAAAUCGGAAGAAUUGACCAGAGUCAAGGAAGCUGAACUAUCACAACCUCUUACUACAGCGGUACAGGUCGGUCUUACAAACGUACUGCGACGACUAGGCGUCAUCCCUGAAGUUGUUAUCGGCCACUCGAGUGGUGAGAUAGCAGCCGCACAUGCUGCCGGCCUUCUGAGCGCUGGCGACGUAAUCAUCAUUGCCUAUCUCCGGGGAUGGGCCACCAGAUUUCAGACCACCAAGAGCGGUAUGGCAGCAAUUGGGCUCGGUGUUGACGCAAUCAGGCCGCAUCUCCCUGAUAAUGUUGUUAUCGCGGCGGAAAAUAGCCCACACUCCGUUUCCAUCUCAGGAGACAUAGAGGCCGUUGAUCAUGUGGUGGAGCAAAUCAAGCGUAUUCAUCCUGAUAUCUUGGCCAGAAGGCUCCAGGUCGACAUGGCUUACCAUUCUCACCACAUGAUUCCAGCCGGGAAGAAGUACCUCGAGGCAAUGGAGAGAGAGCUAGGGAUCGGAAGUACAUCCAUGUCACCAGAUUGCUCCGGGACGACUAUGUUUUCGACCGUCACAACUCAAACUAUUACACAACCUCUCGACUUGGCGUACUGGGUUCUCAAUCUGACUUCCCCAGUCAAAUUUAGUCCGAGCUUUUCGAGAAUACUGAGAUAUCUUAACUCUCAGCCCUUGUGUAUUGAGGUCGGACCUCAUUCACAGAUGGCUGGGCCGGUGCGUCAGAUAUGCGCGGCACACCGCCUAGAGUGUAUUUAUGUUCCUGUCAUGGUGAGAUUUACGGAUUGUCUCAGUUCCUUACUCAGCGCAAUUGGUCAACUCUUCCAGUAUAAUGUCGACCUACACGUGACUGCUGAUACGGUGUUAUUUCCAUCUGGCAAGACUCUGGUAGAUCUACCACCAUACCCCUGGGAUCACUCUGAAGAGUAUUGGAAUGAGAGCAGGGUAUCGUAUGACUUCCGCUUUCGAAAAUAUGGUCAUCACGCGCUGCUUGGGGUCAGAGUAACCGAAAGCAGCUCUCUAGAACCGACAUGGCGUUGCGUUCUCGACCUGGAAGACGAACCUUGGCUAAAGGGCCACGUAGUGAAUACGAAUAUAGUGUUCCCCUUCUCGGGUUACGUGUGUAUGGCUGGGGAAGCGAUUCGUCAAAUCUCAGGCAUCGAGCAGGUAGGCUACAAAGUCAAGCAUAUUGUGGUGGACACUGCCUUGGUGCUAGUGGAGAACAAACCGGUCGAGCUUAUCACAACCCUCCGGAGACGAAGGCUCACCGACACCUCACACUCGGAGUUUUAUGACUUCGUUAUCUCAUCUUACUCGGGGAAGGAGUGGGCUAAGCACUGUGAAGGCAGCAUCACCACGCUCCAUCAAAGGAUCAAAACUACUCCAAAUGUCACGACGCUGUCUCGCAAAGUAGCGACAUCGCGGUGGUACGAAAUCAUGGCCCGAGUUGGUCUAAAAUAUGGCGAUGCAUUCCGAGGCAUCAAGUCACUCGAAGCAUCCCCAUCGGAACGUCGAGCUGUCGGCAUUAUCACCGGGACUGUCGAUGGCCCAUUCCUAUUUCAUCCUGCUGUUAUGGACUCGGCUUUUCAGUUGAUGAUCGCAGCAGGUGCAAAGGCCGCCUCUCGCCACCUCACCCAGCUUGUCGUACCGACUUUAAUUGAAGAAAUAGACGUUUUUGCGAUGUCUGAGAGUAUGGUCGCUGAGGCUUGGGUGUGUCCAGAUCUCAACGAUGUCGGCUUAGAGUGUACCUCAGCCGAAAAUGUUGUACUCCGAAUGAAAGGGGUAAAACUGACCAGUUUGGAAAGUGAUCAGGAUUCAGAGGUAGACGUCCAUAAGGCAGCCCGAAUGGAGUUUUUCCCUGACAUAGAUUUCAUGGAUCCUACAUCGCUUAUUCGAGCGCCGGCCAUGAAGAGAGAUUCAAAAGUAGCUCUCGAGGCGAUAGUUCUCUUAUCGAUCCUCGAUUUAGCUGACCGUCUCGAAAAUCUGGAGCCGAGCCAACCACACUAUCGCAAAUAUCGAGAAUGGAUUCGUCGAGAAUACGAUAAGGUAACAAAUGGAGAAUGUCCACUCACGGAGAUCGAUGCUCUUCGCCUCACAAUGCUCAGUCCGACGGAACGGUCGGACCAACUUCAAAAACUGCUGAGCAAAUCAUCGCAGGACCCCAGCAUCCGCUUGCAAGCAAGCGGCAUCUACAAGAUAAAUCAGAACUGCGAGGAUCUGUUCACUGGCCAGGCGGACGCGCUGGAACUCUUACUAGAAGAUAAUGUGCUGGCCGAGGUCUAUAACUCCGUAUCAUUUGAUUUCUCAUGUUACGUUAGGCUGCUAUGCAUCAGCAAGCCCAAGCUGUGUAUUUUAGAGGUUGGUGCAGGAACCGGUGGCGCGAGUGAGCUAAUUCUCAGAGAUCUAGUCAGCACGUCAAACAAUCCUCUGUACAGCACCUACACAUUUACCGACAUCUCGGCCGGAUUCUUCGCCCAGGCUUCUGAGCGUUUCAGCUAUGCGCCCAAUGUGGAAUACAAAGUGUUUGACAUUAGCCAGAAUCCCUUCAGCCAGGGCUUCAAGCCUGAGACGUACGACCUGAUCAUCGCCAGCAACGUCGUGCACGCGACUGCGAACCUCAACGUCACACUACGGAACCUGCAGCCCCUGCUACGACCCGGAGGCGAAGCCGACGAUCGCAGGUGGGAACCCUUCGUUUCCGUUGAGCGAUGGGACCGAGAGCUUAAGGCUGCUGGCUUCACGGGGGUCGACACAGUGGUAUUCGAUGAAAAGGGGCCUUAUCAGUACUGCGCCGCCAUGAUAUCCCGUGUAGUCCCCCAAGGGCUGCCCAGACCCGGCGUGGCACCGAAGCUGGACAAUCUUACUGUCCUGUGUGCUAAGCCAGAACAUGACAACACUGUCAGGCUCAUAGAAGAUCUGCAAUUGCGUGGGUACAAUGUAAACGUGACUGAAUUUGGGGCCCGGCCGCUGCCGCCGCACGAUCCAAUUCUCGUCACUCUAGAUCUAGAAGGAUACCUUUUCCAAGACAUUACUGCAGAAAGACUAGGCGCUUUUCAGGACCUCUGCCGACAGCACCAGGGCCAGAAGCUUCUAUGGUUGAUGCCGCCCGUGCAGAUAGGCUGUGUCGACCCGGGACACGGGCAGACGAUAGGGGUCCUACGCACCAUCAGGGAAGAACUAUCCUUGCCAUUUCACACACUUGAAAUAGCGCAGUCAGAGCCAUUCUUUACCGAUCUGGCUCUGAAAGUCAUGGGGAAGAUAGUUGCAAUGGAUGAGAAUGAAGCACUCGAUCCCGAUAGAGAAUUUAUCGUAGAGAACGGCAUGAUUCUGGUUGGUCGGUGCCAACAAUUUUCAUUGAAAAGACGCAUGGCGCCCACAGCAACACAGGAUUCGGCCGUGAAGCAGCUCUGUAUCGGUAAAACGGGACUCUUGGAGACUUUGCAUUGGGUUAGCAUGGGGCCCAACUGUGUUGAGGCUGAUGAGUUGGUUAAGGACAUCAUGGUGUCUAUGGGUCUUUUGACGUUUGAAGGCAGCUCACCGCAGCUAGGUAUCGAGAUGUCUGGUGUAGUUACCAGAACUGGAAGCGAUGUUCGGCAUAUUCGAGCAGGUGAUCGCGUUAUCGCCGUGGCAUCACGUGGGUGUUUCUCGACCACAGCUAUAGCCAAGGCGCCCCUUGUUGUCGGGAUCCUCAAACACCUCAGCUUCGAAGAAGCAGCCACAAUGCCGACAGUCUUCGGAACAGUGUUUCAAGCCCUAGUGCGAGUGGCACGCUUGCGUAAGGGGGCUAGCGUUCUGGUACACUCCGCAUGUGGUGGCAUCGGGCAUGCUGCCGUCCAGGUGUGUAAGAACGCUGGCGCCAACCUCUACGUAACAGUGGGCAACUAUGAUAAAGCCAAUUACGCUCAUCGGGUCUUCGGCAUCCCAAGAAACCAAAUCUUCAGUUCCCGAGACGACUCUUUCCUCGAGGGUUUGAUGCGUGAGACGCAAGGUAAGGGCGUCGAUGUUGUGUUGAAUUCUCUCUCUGGAAAUCUACUACAUGCUUCGUGGCAGUGUGUCGCCGAGUUCGGCCAGCUCGUGGAACUCGGUAAGCGAGAUCUUGUCGGAUUCGGGACUCUCGCUCUCGAGCCCUUCCUGGGGAACAGGUCUUACUCCUGUGUGGACUUGGCCCACAUGCUCGAGCGUCGUCCUGAGGAAGUUGGUAGUCUACUGAGAGAAAUGAUUGACCUAUUUCGUGCUGAAAGAAUCGAACCGGUCAAGACUCGCGCAGUUUACACCACACACGAGAUUGAGAAGGCCUUCCGAUAUAUGCAGAAAGGCAAUCACAUUGGAAAGAUUGUUGUGACAAUGCCGAAGGACACCUCCAGCUUGGCUGCUCGUGUCAGGCCUGUAGAAAUCAAGUUUGAUCCCGCGGCGAGCUAUCUGCUCACCGGUGGUCUCGGGGGUCGAGGUGCACAUAAUCUAGUAUUUUUGUCUCGAUCCGCAGGUAAAGGAAGAAACGAUAGCACGUUUUUCACCGAGUUAGGGGCCCUAGAUUGUGUCGCUGUUCCUGUGCCAGGAAGGGUUGAAGUUGAGGAGGAUGUCCUGAGGGCGAUUGCGGCAGCUCCAACCCGUAUCAAAGGCGUGAUACAUCUUGCCAUGGUUCCCCGGGAUGGUGCUAUUCUUGAUCUAGCUUUCGAAGACUGGACUGCAGCCAUAGCACCUAAAGUACAGGGGGCUUGGAAUAUACACAACGCAUUCGUCCAACGAGCCGAAGCACUUGACUUCUUUGUCACAUCAAGCUCGAUUGCGACACUAGUACAAAAUCCCGGCCAGAGUAGUUACGCUGCUGCCAAUGCCGCGUUGGAGGCAAUGGUCCAACAUCGCCGGAAUAUGAGGCUUCCAGCAGCAGUCCUUGGGCUUUGCGCUGCCGACGACAUCGGGUUCGUUGCUGACAAUCCAACCAUCCGCCGGAAACUCCAAGCUCAAGGGGUGCACUUCCUACCCGAAAAACAAAUCCUCGAUUAUUUCGAAUUCGCCCUCUUAAAUCAAUUGGACCCAGAGACACCUGGCAAAGAUCAGCAAAGCUUCUUGAAGCCACGCAUCAGCCACGGCUAUACUAUCGUCGGUUUGCACAGUGACACACCCUUAAAUGAUCCUCGGUGUCCCACCAUUUGGCGUCGUAACCGCAAGAUGGGCAUGUACCACAACAUACGUGACGUAUCCAGCAGCGCGGGUGGCAACUCGCUGAGCGGCUUGAACGCCUUCUUAGAACGGGCUAAGACAGACAGCGAUCCGGCCCAGUUCUUGCUCGGAAAGGCCAACGUCAAUUACCUAGCGACUGAAAUUGGCACGCGUAUCUUCCAGUUCAUGAUGAGGGACAUGACAGACUUGGACAUUUCGGCCGGUCUAAAUGCGAUCGGCAUGGACUCCUUGAUGGCGAUUGAGCUACGAAGAUGGUGGAAGCAGACCUUAGCUGUAGAAGUGACUGUGUUGGAGAUCAUGGCAGCUGGAACAAUCUUGGGGUUGGGCCAGCUAGCUAGUGAAGGACUGGGGAAAAGGCUAGGAGUGAAACCAACCUAGGUGGGAGUCUGAGUCCCCUGCAGGUGGGUUACGGCUUCGCAUCGCAUGUGACAAGGUAG